UGUCCCUCUGCCCACCUGGGCAGCCACCAGCUCAGCAGCAGCCUUGCCUGCCUGAUCCCGGGGGCCAAGAGCCUGGGAGGUGGCUGAGCGGCAGGGAAGGUGGCUGGACCCCGGCACUGGACCUGACCACCCGGUCGUCCAUCUGCAUAUUCAGAAGUCGUUCCCAGCCGGUUGGCUGCCUCUGGCUUCCCCACUCCCUCUUUAGAGGACCUGAGCGCAGCGGGAGGACACUCCGGCGCUGUCUCUGCAGCAUCCCUGGCCUCUGAUCCCCGCUGCCUGCCCUCAGGGAGCUCCUGCGCCCCUGGAGCAAAGCUUCAAAACUCUAGCAGGCUGAAACUUUAGACACCUGGGAAGCCUGCCAGUCUGUCACUGGCAAUGAUCCCAAACCAGCUGAGGGUCAGCUCUCCACUGUCCAGGCAGGAGGAAGGGGUGAUGGAUGGCUGCACUGCCUCUCAGCACGACAAAGACUGUGCCACCUCAGGACAUAGCCAGGGGCUGAAGCCUGAACCCUGUUUCCAGACAAGCUCUCUCCUCCCUUCCCCCAGCACAUCCUUGGUAUCACAGCUCCUCAGCCACCCUGUGGUUGGCAAGCACCUAGAUCCUUGCAUCCUUUUCCCUUCCUCCCAGGCAGCGGCCCUGCCUCAGGACUAUGAGUGUGGUGCAUCUCUUGCAGAAAGAGCACAAGCCCUGGCUUUCCCUAGGACCCACAUCCCAGCUUCCAUGCCCUGUGCUGGUGACAGGGACCAGCUCUCUGAUCAAAACCUACAGGACCAGCUCUCUGACCAUCACCUACGAGCCAAGCGGGCCAGGGUGGAGAGCAUCAUCCAAGGCAUGACCCUCCCAUCAGCCCCUUCAGCAUUUGGCACCAGCCUGGAGGCAGCUUUUGGGCAUAAGAGGGAAAGGGAUAGCAAGCUGCCCUGGGAAAGCAAGAGGAAGCCAAAGGUGUUCAAGCAUGGCAUGGGGGCAGCCAGGCGAGUGGUUCCCAAGGGGGGCAGCCUCCAUGCUGAGGGCUGCCAGCAGCUGAAGGAGCAGCUCUGCUUUUUAGAGCAGCAGCUGAGGAGGCUUCAGGAGAAAUUCUUCCAGGUCUGUGACUCUGGGGACACUGCCAAAACCCAGGAAGGUGUUGAGAUAGCACAUCCACUGCCUGGAAAGUCUGGAGACAGACUGGACAAGGACAGUGCCUCUGCCACUGAUGACCCAUGUAAAGUGCCUCCUUGGAGGAGCAUCCCAGGGGUGCAUGGGCAGGAGGAGGAAGAGGACAGAGGCAGUGCAGAUGGCUUGGCCUCAGCUGCAAGGGUCCUCUCACAGGCACUGAAGCAUGAACUGGCUGGGGUGACAUCCCAGGUGGUGGAUUCUGUCCUGAAGACUGUGUGGCCAAAGGCAGCGAGCCACCUACUGCAGCAGCACCACAGCCUCCCCGUGCUUGGGCAGUGUGCCAGGAGAGAGUAUAUUGCUACUGGGAAAUGCAAGAAAACACUGGCUAAACCAUCACCCAUUAAUUCACUGGGCUCACCCCAGGCUGCAGUCCUGUCAGGAGCUUCAGGGAAGAGCCCAGGUUCUCAUGCUAGCUCCUUUAAUUCAAAGGGGGUCAGAAAACCUUCUCAGGUACUGGGUUAUCGACUGGGCUCAAGUGCUCCCAUCCAGGACAGCCAGCUGCUGAGCCAGCUACUGGGCUGCAACCAGCACGGCCCCUGGGGCAGUGGCUCUGGUGGGACCCCCUCUGUUCCAGAUAGAGGUCCUCUGGAGCCCCUCAACUUGCACUGGGGAACUGUCAAACUGAGGUCAUCGGUUGUGAGACAGCAGCAGCAACAUCCCCUGCCCCUGAGCCCUGCUGAUGUGGAGAGCCUGGCACCACUGCCAGCUGGCAGGGAUGGCUGUGGGGAACUGCGGGCUGCCAUGGAUGGUGUGCCCUUUGCCUCCACCCAUAUCCAGGAGGCGCUGACCCCCAGUCACCUGAAGAAGGCCAAGCUGAUGUUUUUCUUUACCCGCUACCCCAGCUCCACUCUGCUGAAAACCUACUUCCUCGACGUGCAGUUCAGCCGCUGCAUCACCUCCCAGCUCAUCAAAUGGUUCAGCAACUUCCGCGAGUUUUACUACAUCCAGGUGGAGAAGUUUGCCCGGCAGGCCCUGCUGGAGGGUGUGGCAGAUGCCGGUGCCCUUCGGGUCUCCCGGGACUCGGAGCUCUUCCGUGCCCUCAACAUGCACUACAACAAGGGAAACGACUUCGAGGUGCCGGGGCGGUUCCUGGAGGUGGCCAGCCUGACGCUGCGGGAGUUCUUCUGUGCCGUCAGGGCAGGCAAGGACGCCGACCCCUCCUGGAAGAAACCCAUUUACAAAAUAAUUUCCAAACUGGACAGUGACAUCCCAGAAGGUUUUAAAACCGCAGGCUGUUCACAGGAACUGCUCCGCAGCUGAGUGUCCGUGAAAGCAGCCCCAGGUGCUGUGUGCAGCCACCAUGUGCUCAGCACAUCCUGGGCGCUCUGUACAGCAUCCAUUAUUCUGGCUGUUUUCUCUCUGUCUUGU